UUUGCCCCAUAAUUCCGCCAGAGAAUACAACCUUUGUCGUAAAUACGCAUGCUGUGCUGACCACAGAAUUUACGUAACUUGUGACUGGUCCGAAUGGAUCGGCGUGGAUGUGUACACACGCAGCCAACACCUGCAGUACCGUACGUGCUACGGCAGCUACGGCAGUGCGCCACAACCGAGUUGACAUGGAGUUUCAUCUUCGACGGGACACGAAGAACAAUUAUCGAAUUCGGGAGCGCGAUCCUAGUCCAUGCAUCUCGGCUCCUGUUCUGGGCGACUUGGUACCUUUCUUGACUGCGGUUUACCGCAAAGGAUCGAAUCCUAUGAUGAAUCUUUUUGCUCUCCUCUAUGAAUAAUGGAUCUCUUCU